AUGGAGGCAGCCCACACACCUCGGGAGAGGUUCAACAGAACGAACUCUAGACGUACAUCACCGAAGACUACGCUCAACACGGCAACGAUCAGUAAGGCAGAAGAGACACGCAAUCAGAAGAUACUCAAUAAUCAGCGGAGUCACCAAUCGAAAGACACUCACCAAUGUGUGUUGCUAGCCACAGCCCAAGCAAGAAUCCAAUCUCCAAGAGGCUUCACACUGAAUAUAAGAAUGCUCCUCGAUCAAGGAUCAGAGCUAUCCUUCAUCUCCGAGCAACUGGUAGAAUCUCUCUACCUCUCAAUAAGGUCAUCAUCAAUUGCGCUCAUCGGAAUCGCAGAGACGAACGCAGGACGCACCAGAGGAGUAGCUUCAAUUACACUCUACGCACUCGACGGGUCAGAACACGUUGACCUUGAAGCUCACGUCCUCAAGAAACUCACCGUGAAGCUACCAUCCUUCUCCUGCAAAUCACCAAGGAUCGACCCACUCCAAGGUCUUCAACUAGCCGAUGCAGACUAUCUCAAACCUGGGCCAAUAGCCGUCAUAUUAGGAGCUGACACCUAUGGGCGGAUCCUCAAGAAGAGAGUAGUCGGCUCCAGUCACACUCAAUUAGUUGGCCAACAAACUGUAUUCGGAUGGAUCCUAUCCGGACCAAUCGAAUGCCAAGGUUGUUCACCAACGAUUUCGUUAUCGGCCGUAAAGGAAUCCACCAAUGAACAACUACUAGAGCUUCUUCAAAGAUUUUGGACCCAGGAAGAAUUACCCACAACGCAGAACUCAGAGCUAUCACCAGAUGAACUCCAGUGUGAGACAAUAUUUAAGUCCACGCACUCAAGAGACAAGACUGGGCGCUAUACAGUCAGACUUCCUCUAAGGACAUCAGCAGAAGCACUCGGCAACUCAAAGCUCAAAGCCUCAAGGCAACUACAGUCAGUUGCACGUCGUCUCAAGGCAGACGAUAAUUAUGCCAAGCUCUAUAGAGACUUCAUCGAUGAGUAUGAGGCAUUAGGACACAUGAGGCGAGCGCCAAUAGAAGAAGAACCCUCCACAGCAUACUAUCUACCGCAUCACGGGGUUUUACGAGAAGACGCACUCACUACGAAAUUGAGAGUAGUCUUCAACGGCUCAAGCAAAACCUCAUCAGGAAUAUCCCUCAACGACAUCCUCCAUCCUGGUGGGAAGCUCCAAGCAGACACGAUGAACGUCGUGACAUGGCUGAGAAAGCACAAACUAGUCUUUGGAACAGACAUAGUCAAGAUGUUUCGACAGAUAAACGUUCACAAGGACCAGUGGAAUCUCCAGAGAAUACUGUGGCACAAUUCGCAACAACAGCUCAUCACCUACGAGCUCACCACAGUUACGUACGGACUCAACUGUUCUCCAUGGCUAUCUCUAAGAGUGCUCCAGCAAUUAGUAGAGGACGAAGACCAUCGAUAUCCUGCCGCAGUUGAGACACUCACCAAAGGCAGAUAUGUCGAUGACAUUUAUGGUGGAGCAGAAACCGCAGAAGAACUCAGAGAAAUCGCCUGGCAGCUGAAUGGUCUUUACCAAGCAGGCGGGUUUCCACUCCAGAAGUGGAGCAGCAACUGUCCACAAGCCUUGGAGACAUUAGGAAUAUCAUCAACUCAAUCGAUAAUCCAAUUCCAAGAGCCUAUCCCCAAAGUCCUUGGAUUGUAUUGGCAUCAAACCAGUGAUACAUUCCAAUACAAAUCAAAGGAGUUUGAUUCAGCAGUGUUCACGAAGAGGACAACACUAUCAGAAAUAGCUCAACUCUUCGAUCCAUUGGGACUCAUCGCACCAGUAGUCACUCGAGGGAAAAUAAUCAUCCAGGAUCUAUGGAAGUUACAACUCAACCGGGAUGAACCUCUACCAGAAGACUAUCAACGCCAAUGGAAAGACUUCAGGCUCAAUCUCAAUACGCUGAAUCAAAUCUCAGUACCGAGAUGGAUGAGAAUUUCAUCCAAGACGAGGAGAAUCCAAAUCCAUGGAUUCGCAGACGCCUCCACCGCAGCAAUGGGUGCAGUAGUGUACCUCAGGACAGAGAACUUUAAUGAGCCUACUUCAACAGUACUGGUGUGCGCAAAAACAAGAGUGGCUCCUAUCAAGCGCAUGACCAUUCCUCGUCUUGAACUCAACGCAGCUGUACUGCUUACGAAGUUAGUGGUCAUCACAAAAGAGAUGCUCGACCUCAAGGAAGAAGAAACUCACCUAUGGACAGAUUCUAUGAACACACUCCCAGAUGCAAGCUGGAGACAUAUCAGCGGCAAGGAGAAUCCAGCCGACUGUGCCUCAAGAGGAAUAGCCCCUCAAGAACUAGCAGUACAUCCCCUAUGGUGGACCGGACCUGAAUGGAUUAAUCAGGAUCCCCAGGAAUGGCCUUCCUCAAUAGACGAAGUUCCAGCAGUAGCAGCAACCGAAGCAAGACCAUCACUAUCCUAUCCAGUGGCCAUGAAGAUCAAUGCCUUAGCCGAACUACUCAACAGGUACUCCAGAAUGGAAAAGGUACUCCAAGUAACAGCGACACUGAACAGAGCAAUCGAGCGAUUUAGAAGACAGCCAGUUCCCCAGACGCCCGUCCUCGCCAUCAGAGAACUCACCGAGGCCAGGACAUUCUGGGUUGCUCGUGAGAAACGCUCAAGUACCACGGACCCAUCCUCUGGCAAAGUUAACGCCAACUCUGGAUCCCGAAGAGAUUCACCCAGCAAUCCUGCCUCGACAGUCUCGACUAACGACAAGUACUGGAUCAUCGGUGGCAGAGGCACUGUCAGAGCCCAUAUCCAGAAAUGUGCCAUCUGCAUCAGACACCGAGGACGCCAGGCUCAACAGCAAAUGGCACCACUGCCGGCUGUUAGAACUUCACCAACACGAGCAUUCCUCCACACGGGAGUGGACUAUGCAGGUCCACUUCCCAUUCUCAAAUGGCGGCCUACAAACGCCCAACCAUCUAUGGUGCAUAUUGCAGUUUUUGUCUGUUUCAGCACAUCAGCUGUUCAUCUCGAGCUCGUGUCCAUGCAGACGACAGAUGCCUUCAUAGGGGCAUAUAAGAGAUUCACCGGAAGAAGAAGAAUCCCCGAAGUGAUGUACAGCGACAAUGCCACUGCAUUUGGGACUGAAUGGAGCUUCUCACCACCGAGAGCACCCCACUUUGGUGGCAAAUGGGAGGCAGCUGUGAAAUCCACCAAGUUCCACCUCAAGAGAGUCCUCGGAUCAUCAACAUUCACCUACGAGGAACUCAACAGCAUCCUCAUCCAAAUCGAGGCCUGCCUGAAUUCGAGGCCAAUCACUCCAAUGAUGGAUGACGCAGAAGACCUCCAAGCACUCACCCCAGGACAUUUCCUGAUCGAGAGCCCAGAAAACUACAAAGAUGGAAUCUGGUUACUCAAAAAAUCCAGCAGUUCUGGUCCAGAUGGGCUAGAGAGUGUCUCCAAUGAUAUCAAGCCAUCUAUAAGUGGAACCAGAGAGAGAGGAACAUCGAGGUUGGAGACAUGGUCCUGA